UUUGAAUCCAUGAAGCUCUAGAAAGCUUUAGAAGCACAGAAGGCUCCAAAUCUAAUAUUAUCUGAUUAAAUACUAAAUGAAGAAGGCUGUGUGGUUGUAGCCUAAUUUUUAGCUCAAAAUACUCAAUUUAUAAACAUUGAACUAAGAGGAUGUAAUAUAAAUGGAAGAGGAUUUGAACGCAUUUGUCGUUCAAUAAGUCCGGAUGCAAGAACAUUGAUUGCUGAAUGGAAUGCCAUAGGUGGAGGUGUUAGUGCAUUGUGCGAUUUAUUAAUGAAUCCCUCAUAUAAAUUGCAAUUAGUUGACCUUAAAAACAAUAGAAUCCAAGCUGAUCAUUGUGCUAGAAUAUGUUAAAUGUUAAAGCAGAAUACAUCAUUAUAAUCAUUGAAUUUAAAAUGGAAUGAAAUUGGAGAAAGAGGAGCUCAAUAUUUGUUAGAAGGACUAAAUGGCAAUAGAAAUUUAAAAUUUUUAGACGUCUCUUGCAAUAAGAUACCCGAAGGAUUAGCAACAUAAAUCAGGGAAAGGAUUGAGUAGAAUAGAUCAACUGAUUUGAUGGCCAAAAACUCAACAGGAAUCAAAGAAUCAUAGAGAAAUGCAUUUUAGCCGGUUAAAACUAUACCAAAAACUGCAGCCACAACAAACCCACCUGAAAGAGCAGUCAAAAAAAAUGAUGCUAUUAGGGUUGCUUAAUUGAAAGAAUAAAUUGAUUAAGAAUUACGAUAAAACAGAUUAAUGAAUGAAGAACUCACCAAUAGGAUGAAUGCCUUAAGAUAAGAGAUACUAUCUAAAGAACAAGCUGUAAGUAUGGCUAAAAGACACUUUGAAGAAGAAGUUACAAGGAAAUCUAUCAUUGAGGCGGAAUAUACUUAAGUUAAACGAUAAUUUGAUGAAUUAGGCAAGGCAAGUGAUUACAGAUAAUAAGAAGUGAUGAAUGAAUAUGUUGCCAAAAAUAAGCAUGUAUUAGCAUUGGAAAAUGAAUAUAUGCAUGAGUUAUCCCAAAUCAGACAUGACAAUAAGGUUUAUAUAUUAAAUUAAACUUAUUUAGUUAUAAAUUGAUUAGAUUAAUGCAAAUUGGUAACCUAGAUUGGAUGGCAUUCAGAGCAAAUUCAAUUCAUUAAUGAAAGCUAAUGAUCAAUACAACUAAUAAUUGUUAAGGAUGAAAGAGUUCUUCUUAAAAAUGAGAUUAGAUCAUGAUGAGAAUGUCAAAGCUGUUGAAGGUAGGCUUCUAAUUGAAGAAAAAGCCAAGUAUAAUCAUUAAAUUGAAUUACUAAAAAAAAGGGAGAUGGAAUCCUAAUAGACUUUGAAAGUAUUUCUUAAUCAAUAAAAAAGAGAGCUGAAAAUGAAAGCCAAUCUAUCUAGGAUGAUAUGUAGAGAUUAGAAACAAAUUUGACCCGAGAUAGAUAAUUAAUUGAGGAAUAAAUUUAGUAAGAAAGGGAGAAGGUUCAUCAAACACAUCUGCAAAUCAGUAAAAGAAGCAUUAAACAAGAAAAACUAAUAAACAAUAAUAUUGUUUUAGAUCAUCAUAUUGAUAAUCUAAUUAGGAAAAUAGAUGAAACAUUCUUCAUCUUAAACAUUUAAAAAGGUAAUUGAUGCACUAUUUUAGAUAGAGGAAUGGAUGACAUUUAAUAAAGAAGAAUAUUGUAAGAAAGACAAUAUGCUCUUCACAAAACCAACUUAUAGUUAUAACAUUAGAGAAUAUUAGAAUUAGAACGACUUAUGAGUAAUCAAGAAGGGAAUAACAUUAAAUUAAGGGCUGAAUAUGAAAAGUUAUGUCAUAUAGUCCAAGGAAAAGUAUAAAAUGCAGUCAUUGAAACUUGUAGGCUAAAUCUCUAAUUAGGAUGA